AUGUGGGUUCAAGAGGAUCUAGAGAAACAAGAAUGGUCGAGUUACUUCUACAUCUUGAGGCCUGACAAUAAACUUGUUAAGGUUUCUGUUGUUGGGGUGACUGCUUCGGGUGACAUUGUUUUGGCGAAUGAUGAAGCAUAUAAACCUUUUUAUGUUUUCUACCUUAAUCUCGAAAGGAACCAUCUUCUAAGUGUUGAAAUCCAAUGUCUUGGAGAAUACCAUAUUUGGCAUCAGUCUCCUGCAAUUUGCGUCUUUGUUGACCAUGUGGAGGAUCUUCAGUUUAAUACUAGGAGCACAACAUCUUUAAACCCACCAGACCAGAAGCUUACACACUGGAGCACAUCUGCGUCAUCUAGAAAUUAUCAUCAUGUGAGAAGAAGCCGUGAAGAGAUGAGAGAGUUCAUCGGUGUGCUAAAGAGUAUAAGAGGAGAGGAAGAGAAAGAGACAAUGAGAGAUGAUGUUGAAGGGCCAAUUUGUGCUAUGAAUUCACGUGCUUUAAAUACGUAUAGACGUUAUGAGGCUUGUACGAAUCAAAUCUAG